GUUCCCGGCAGCGCCCAGCUCCGGGCGUCUCUUCGCCAGCCUGCGGUCUGCGACGGCCCUGCCUCAGCCCCGGGCACCGGCGCUGCAGGCCGGCAGCUGGGAGUCCCGCGCCCCUCGGACGGCCGCGAGACUCGGAAAUCUUUCUAGGAACAGUGAGAAAGACAGAAGAACCCCUUGGGCUGCCAAGCACUGCUGCCACCAUGCCCAAGAGAAAGGCAAAAGGAGAUGCUAAAGGUGACAAAGGGAAGGUGAAGGAUGAACCACAGAGGAGAUCAGCACGGUUGUCUGCUAAACCUGCCCUUCCAAAACCAGAGCCCAGGCCAAAAAAGGCCCCUGCAAAGAAGGGAGAGAAGCUGGCCAAAGGGAGAAAGGGGAAAGCAGAAGUCGGCAAGGAUGGGAACAACCCUGCGAAAAACCGAGAUGCCUCUACAGUCCAGUCACAGAAAGCAGAAGGCACUGGGGAUGCCAAAUGAAGUGUACCUUUUUGAUAGCUCUGUACUUCUAGUGACUCUACUGUUUGAAAUACUAUUUUUAAAUCAACUUUUAUAAAAAUGUAGAUUUUUUUUUAAGUUAUGUUGUUAGCACAUGAGAUACUUCAUUGUUGUCUUUUGUGGAAAGGGCAAAUAACCACUAGUAGAAUGUUUCAGAAGCUGGAUUGAAAUGGGGGGAAAUAGAAGUAUUUGAAGAUUAUUCUUGGUUCCCGGGAGAGAUUCUCUGACAUUCACACAUGUCAGCCACUAUGGCUCAGAAGCCUUACUGUGUGGAGAAAAAUUACUUCAUGUCUUCUCCUUUCUUGAUGUCAUCAGCACAUUCUUGACUUCCUGAAACCAGGCGUCAUGAUACGGCCUUGACACCCGUAGAAUCAGCUGCAUCGGGUAACAAUACUCAGGCUUUCUGGUGAUGACAUCAAGAUGGUGUUACUCAGAAGAACCAGGAUUCCUGUUUGUAGUUUGUGAAUCAUCUCAUUUAUAAUCCUGGAGUUUUUAGUUCCUUUCCUCCAUGUCAGAGUUGACCUGUGAAAAUCUCUUAAAUGCCUCAUGUGAAAUAAUCACCCUUUUUGAAAAUUUUUCCUGUUUAUUGUAACAACAGACUUUGUUGACUUUUUGGAGAGGGGAGUUUGAAAAGUUGUAAGAUGUUAUGGAAUGUCACCCAUGUCCUGCUGGAAAUAACUAUUUUUGAAAAGUCUCUUAUAAAGCUGGAUACAAGUUAAAAAAAAAAAAA